UCCAGGUCUACGUGCUAACUCGUCUGUGACGAUUCGCUUUCUCCACUCACCCACCCCUCCAACUAUCCUCACCAUGAAAUUCUUCCUCGUCUUUCUUGGCUUUUUCGCUGUCGCCACUGCUGCCCCGUUGGCGAUCAGGCGUGCUGAGCACGCUGCGGUUGCGCCUCCUCUGGGUGUGGUUGGUGGACGUGACAUACAAAACGGCGAUAUGACGCGGCGAAGCGACAACUCUUUGAUCCAAGUUGUACGCGCCAAUGAUGAUAGCAUUAAACGGAUUCUCGGAGAAAAUUUGGAAACACGGCAACUUCAAACAGCAGAUGAAGUCGUCGACGCUGUUAUUGAAAAACUUGAAUCGGAAACGUUGGGAACACGGCAACUCCAAGCAGCAGUUGAAAUCGUUGAAGCUGUUAUUGAUCUUGUUGAGGGAAUAAUUGACAUGAUAAACGCGGACAACACGAAACGUGAUCAUUUUACUAUCGACACGGUUACCCAGUCAGGACAGCAAUGGCCAGGCUUCAAUUGGGUCAUCUGCGAUUCUGAUCACACAACUGCUUUCGACGGUACCGAGGGCGUCGACUGGGGUCACAGUCAUCAUGAACUUGACAUCUCCCUUGGCAGAACGGUUGGAUACGAGCUUUAUUGGCUCAGGUCAGGUACAUUCACUCGGAAUGGAGAUGGCGGAUAUUUGAACUGGGCCUACGAAGGCGUCGUCACUGGAACGGAAAAUGGUGGAUCGGUUGUCCACUUUGCCGCACCAUGAUUUAAAUACAUAUCUUUUGUAACGAAAAGUCGAUGAAAUGAUUAUCCUGCUUGUCCGUGCUCCAAAA